AUGUCGACAGCUGCUUGGAACACCGCAAGAGAGUUGAGAAUAAAGUUAAAGGAAUUAAGUCUUAACUUGGAGCCAGAAAAAGGUAAGCAUUCCAAGUAUUACUACUACUGGUUACCUAAAUCAGUAGUCAACUUAAGAGAUUUGACCAUUUUGGAAUUGAGUGGACUCGAGUUGGGUUACUCGUUUAGUUUUCCGUCCUUGAAAUCAUUGUCCUUGAAAGAUGUUGGGCUUGCAUAUAAUGUGAAAAAUGAUGUGCUGUCCAAGUCUUUGUUGGAUUGCCCUUCUCUUGAGAAAUUGUUCUUAAGUUCAUGUUAUAAGUUUAGUUCUCAUCAUCCGCUUCGGUUACAAAGUUCAAGCCUCAAGCUGAUGGAAAUUAAAUCCAAUGUAUCUCUUCAAGUUGAAGCCAUAAAUCUUGAAUAUUUGGUACUAGAUUUGGUUUGCUUUGGGGAAAUAAAUAUCUCUGCAUGUAAGGCCAUUAGAAAUCUUUCACUAAUUAAUUGUGAAUGGGGUAAAACAGACCAGUCAUCAUUUGAAGAUCUCGUUUCAAAUCUUCCUCACCUUGAGAAUUUGACUUUGGAUACUAAGUAUUAUAAGUCGGGGUUGGAGCGCCUUAAAAUCUCGAGUCAACACUUGAAAAGUUUCAAGUUCAGUAAUGGGAACUAUAUGAUCAAGGAUGUCACAAUUAAAUCAACUCCAAAAUUAACUUCAUUUUGUUAUGAAGGUAAUAUGAAUUGUAACAUAUCACUGGAGUCACCCAAUUUGUUGAACGGAAAAAUUGUAAUUAAAGAUUAUCCUCCCAACUAUGACACAAAUUGGUUUAUCAAUAUGAUCAAUUUUUUUCUGAAUCUCAACUGCUCUUGGAAUAUUGUGACGCUGCAUGUUUUCUCAGAUGAGGCUCUCAUCAUGCCGGACAAUUGUAAAAGGAUAUGCCAUUCUCCUCUACUUAAUUGGAAGCAUGUUAGAGUUAUUACCCGCACUCGCUACACAGUGAGAAAAUCAGACUUGAGAUAUGUCUUGAUGUGGAUCUCACCCUCUUUAAAAACAUUAUCUAUUAAUGGAGAGGACAUAUUCUAGUUGCCUUACAAUAUUAUCAUAACUGAUGCUAUAUUUUUAGUCUUUUUGAGCUUGUAUAUACUAUUUUAGUAGCUUAGCACUAAUGGAAUUUGCUACUUUCAUUUUGCCUAGUUGGUUUGUUUUGAGAACUUAGCGGGGGUGGUAGAAGUUAAUGUUAUCCCCUUGUUCUAGUGUAUUUUGGAUGGUAACUAUAUCACUUUGCUCUAAUGUAUUUUGGAGGCUCUCUUUGUUUUUCGAGACCCCUUGUUUUAAAUGAAGUUCGAAGUUAACCACCAAAAAAUUAAUUAAAUAUUUUUCUUAUUUUCUUGUCGUUUAUUGGAAUUUCGUAAGGCUGCAUAUUAGCUCAGUUUGCCAAUCAGUUGUUUUAUUAAUUAUUUUCACUUUUUAUUUUUAUUUUUCAUUCUAUGAUGUCCUACUUCAAUUAAAUAUCACUAAUUGGUUGGC